GAUGAAAAAAUUUCAUGUUCUUCUCGGAUUAACCUACGACGAUGUCUUGCAGAUAUAGAAGGUAAUAACUUACGCUUCAGAGAAAGACACAUGGUUGCACAUAUACGUACCUACGUGUACCUACUUUUCAAAAGGCAAUAUUUCUAUCUCACCGUCCUGCGUAGCAGUCUAUCGAGCUCUACCGAAGUAAUGGAGGAUAUGCACACGGUACGUUUGGGCGUUCACCACAAAAUGACGAUCGACUUACGCUUCAGAGAAAGAGACAUGGUUGCACAUAUACGUACCUACGUGUGCCUACUUUUCAAAAGGCAAUAUUUCUAUCUCACCGUCCUGCGUAGCAGUCUAUCGAGCUCUACCGAAGUAAUGGAGGAUAUGCACACGGUACGUUUGGGCGAAGACAGUGGACGGGCGAUGAGACAGCAGCGCGCAUAUGCACGCGGUACGUUUGGGCCAGAGAUGCAAACUUUGGGUUCCGAGCACCAUCAAAAUGCUACACACGGUGCUCACUCACACAAGCGCAACCGUGUCCGUGUGCUGCGCAGAGUCACAUUUAAAUCUUAAUUCUAUAAGAGC